AUACAUCAUACGAGAAGGCGUGUGGGUCGGACAGGCGUGGGUCUGCCCCCGCCACGCCCAUCCUGGGGGCGCGGCCCACAGAUUCAACUCCAAACAGAUUGGUGAACUUCUUCAGUAAGAGGUCAUUCAAGAGUAACCCCCUGAAGAGGACCAAGUCUGUGACCAAGUUGGAGAGGACCAAGAGAGGAGGCCGAGGAGGGAUCAGCGGGAUGCUGGACUCGGACCCCCUGAGCCUGGGGCCCUCCAACACGCGGCUCCGGUCCUCCCGCUCUCACGAGUCCCUGCUAUCUAGUCACAAUAUGAUGCACACGCUAGACCUGGCAGCUGGUGAGGUGACUAUCAGACCCCUACACGCCAGCAUUCUUGGUCAGGAGCACUGUUUCCAGGUCACGUCCCCCACUGGCACCAGGUAUUUCAGCUGCAGAACGGCUGACGAGAGAGACCGAUGGGUGGACUCCCUCCGCAAGGCUGUCAAUCCGAAUUAUGACAAUGUGCGGAGAACAGAAAACUCCCUAAAAAUAUUUAUUCUGGAAGCGAAGGGAAUCGGCAGCAAGAAAAGGUACUUCUGUGAACUGCUUCUCGACAACGCACUCUAUGCACGUACGUCAAGCAAGCAAAAGAGUGAUAUGUGCUUUUGGGGAGAACAGUUUGAGUUCCACAGUCUACCCACAGUCGAGAACAUCAGCGUUGCUCUCUAUCGCGAAGGAGAGAAAAAGAGGAAGAAGGAAAAGAAUGUGCUGGUGGGAACCGUGAAUAUCCCAGUGGCCAAUGUGAACAGCCGCUCACUCAUAGAAAAGUGGUACCAAGUACAAAACGACGCCAGGGCUCCCAGUAAGGACCAGGCAGCGCUAAGGAUUAAGUGCAAGUUCCAGUCAAUUGAUAUUCUACCCAUGGAGAUGUACUCUGAUUUUAUCCAGUAUGUGAAGGCCAACUAUGGAGUAAUCUGCGAAUUGCUGGAACCCGCCAUCAGUGUCAAGUCCAAGGAGGACAUAGCAACAGCCCUGGUCCACAUCAUGCAGCGGGAGGGCAUGGCACGCAACUUUCUGGCUGAUCUUGUUAUGAUGGAGAUUGAGAGAAUAGAUGACUCUCACCUACUUUUCCGUGGCAACUCUCUGGCCACAAAAGCUAUGGAAGCAUUCAUGAAGUUAGUGGGAGACAAGUAUUUGCAGGACACUCUUCGGCAGGUCAUCAACAAGGUUGUCGAAGAUGGACUUGACUGUGAGGUGGACCCAAUGAAGGUGCCUCAGAUUUCAUCCAUUCAGAAACAACAGGAAAACCUCAUGUAUGUCGUUCGCAUGACAUGGUCCCGCAUUCUCAACUCCCACCCUUAUUUCCCCCUGGAACUGCGGGAGUGCUUCUGCCUGUACCGGGAAAAGCUGGCAUCCAUUGGGAAGCAGGGCCUCAGCGACAACCUGAUCUCUGCUUCCAUUUUCCUCCGUUUCCUGUGCCCAGCCAUCCUCUCCCCGUCUCUGUUCAACAUCACACAGGAGUACCCAGACGAGAGGGCUUCAAGGAACCUCACGCUUAUUGCCAAAACUUUGCAGACCCUUGCAAACUUUACCAAAUUCCAGGGUAAAGAAAAUUUCAUGGAGUUCAUGAAUGAAUUUAUUGAGUUAGAGCAGGCACAGAUGAAGUCUUUCCUCAAGCAAAUUUCUAGUCCUGCCACCCACGACCACCGAGUGUUAGAAUACGAUAGAGAUAUUGACAUUGGGAAGGAGCUAUCAUCAUUGCAUACAUUCUUCAAUGAAGCACUGAGGAAGUUGGCGAGUAACACCUCAAAGAACAACAACAGCGUUUCACAACAGAUGCACUUGGAUAAGCUGAAAGAGCUUCUAGAUGAAAUCUCAUUGGCUCAAACACGGCCGAACAUCAACCUUGUGGGGCGGUUAUCAUCUCAGAAUAGUGUGGAGUCACCCGUGUCACCUACUACCAAUAUUGCUGAAGCUGGCCGAAUGGAGGAUAAGCUGGAUAUCAGAGCUUACAGAAGAAAUAUUUUCCGGUACAAUGACCCUACAGUUAGUGAAGAUUAUCGUCCAGUUGCUCCCCCUCCCAUAAGUCACAUUCAGCCGCCGCCUGAGACCCCAUCCACACCACGGCCCUCCACGCUGCCAAGAAAUACCUACUUGAUGGGUUCGGCACGCAAGCCAGCUGUUGAUUUGAAUACAGCUGAUGACUAUGUUCUUUUCUCUGCACUGGAACCUGAUGCUAAACCGAGGGAGCCAAAUGCCAUUGGUCACAGCUACAGUUACAACCAUCUUGCACCAGUUCCAGCACAGAACACCUCCCCAGUUCACAACCACGCUGCUUGGUUCAACAACAGACAGGUGUUCAAUGGCCACCCGCAAGUGAAUGGGCAUGGCCAGGUUCAUCAGAAUGGCCAGAUUGGUCCAAAUGGAAAUCCAGAGGAAUCUCUAGAUAUGAGUCAUGAGGAGAAUGACAGAAAUUCUGCCGGUGAGACAGAGACCAACAUGAAGGGUUCUCAGACCUCCAUUUCGCAACUGUCUAAUGUUGCGUCAUCAGGGUAUCAGAGUUUUGCUUAUAGUCAGUCAUCUAGCCCAGUGGACCCUUCAAUAACUCACCAUGAUGCUGCCAAUAAUAAUAACGCAGCAGCAAAUAACAGUAGCAGCAGUAAUACUAGUGGUGGGAUCCAUGUAUCUCCUCACUUAACACCUCCACAAAUGUCAGCACCACUUGCCUUCAACAACCCCAUGUACCAUCUAAAUGCUGCAACUAGUUCCCCAAGACCCGUUCCCCACCGAGGUCCACGGAUGACCCACCUCCAUCACCAUCACCACCUUCACCAAACUUCACAGCAGCAGCAAAGUCCAGUUAGCUCCUCUCUCAGUUCGGCCCACAGCGUUGAGGACCUACAGACUGUGCCCACACUUGCUACGGGGCUGGCACCUGGCCGAGGCCCCCAGCGGACCCACUCUUCCUCCAGUGAAGACAGCACGUCCCUAGCGUGUACACCGCCUCUGGAGCACAGACAAUUUAAGUCCGGUGCCCCUCGCACGAAUCCCCGCUGCUUGCCGCCAGGGUGGGGUCAGCCCCCUGUUGUUCCAGGGACAACUCCCGACCAUCACCACUCUACCUCAGACUUACUGGGAGGAGCACACUGUCGGAGAACCAAGAUGACGCGCCGACAGUCAGCAGAGGUUGGCAGCGGACGGCGACAUCGAUACCAGUACGAUAGCGAUUCCUCAAGUGACGAACAGCAUCCACCUCCCACUCGAGUACGCCCGACGCGUGUCAAUCACAGAGUGUCAGAAACGAAAACCCUUGAAGAGUAUGAGCAAGAAAUUCUUGCAUUGCGAACGGCCAUGGAAGAAAUGCAUCACAAAUUAGUUGCUGCCGAUGAACACAUACACACCCGUCCUGAGGCUUCUGCCCCAGAUGUCGUUCCGUCAGGGGUUCCUCACGACCCAGUCCCUCAUCACCACUCCAACAGUCACCUUAAUAGCAGUCCUCAGAGUCAAUCCUCGGCUCAUCACCAACAUGGCCGUCACAACCACCAAAAUCCUCUCUAUUCGCACUCGCAACAAAGAGCAGAUCCAGAGAUAGAGGGUGCUCACAUGAGGGACUUGUUGCAAAAGCUUCAGGAACAGUUUCGGAUAGAACAGUUGAAACUAUCAGAACAACUGGAAGAGAAAGACGCUGUAAUCCAAGCCCAGGAAGAUCGGAUCAAUGCCCUGGAUCGAACCAACACCCAAUUGCUCAUGGCUCUUGAGCACAUCAGGGAGUUGAAACUGGGCCAAGAAAAUCUCCUGAAGCAUAUGCCUCAGGAAGGUAGUCAGCUGUCUGACACAAGUGACUACAAGAGCAGCUCUUGUUGAACAUCAAGCUAGGAUGGAACAAAAAUAUAUAUAUGUAUUCAGUGACACUGAGUUAGAAGAAGCUUUAUUUAAAGGCUAUUGUAAACAGUGGACUCCUAUUUUUCAUAUCAAAAAGAAUUAUUGCUUAAUCAUAGAUACCACCAGUAUUUAUCAUGGUAAUGCUGUAUAUGAUGAAAUGCUGAUACUGGUAUAUACUUGUAACACAUUUUUGUAUCAGCGUAUUGCUGAUACAGAGUAAUGGCAAAAUAUUCUCCUUUAUAAGUGUUAUUCCAUAUCACAUGCUGCCUGGAAUUAGUAUGCUGUGUGGCCCUUUCUCUAGUUCGUUUCUCAAACCCUGUGCAUCAUCUAGUUUCUUAGCCUAUGUAGGGAAAAAAGUCAGUAAGAUAAGCUGAUCAGAUACUGUUUAUAUGUUGAAGAGAAAAGAAGUUAUAGAGCCUCUCAUACAUUUUUUUCUUUCUUUUUAAUAAAGGCUUGGAUUGCACUCAUGAUAUAAGCCUAAGUCAAAUACCAUGCAAGGUUCAUCAUGGCUUAUCAUGUUUAUGUAAAUUUGGCUUUUUAAUGAGGUGAUCAUUAAGAAGAGUAUGAUAUUUUGUCUUGUUUUGUAUCAAAGUUACCAAAUGCCAUAGCCAAUGCUGCCUUACUGUUGGUAUUAUUGUUUAGAGGGAAAAUAAUCGCAGAGAAUGGCACCAAAGAUUGACGUUUUCCCCCUUUUUCAGUUUUUAUCAUUUUUUAUUUUCAGGAUUUUAAAGUUUUAUUUCCCCCUCCCCCCCUUCUUAGACAGUUCAAUUUUUCCACUUACCUAGAGUUGUUUUGGUAAGAUGGACUAACUCAGCACGGAAAUGAGACUUUUUUAUGAAGUGUUAUUAGCAACGUAAAAGCAAACAAUGUCAAGUAACAGUAAUAUCUGUGUUUACCCACAUAUAUAUAUAUUUUAAACUGUAUCAUUUUUUUUUCUCUGAUCCAUUCUUUGUGGUUAUCCAGUUACUGCCUUGCACACCAUUUUCCUGUGCACAAGAAUAUUGCAAGGCUUUAAGAACAACCUGACAGUUGACCUAUCAACUAGAGCACCUCAUUUCUUUGUAUGUUUUUUUUUUCUCUUAUUCUCCUUUUUUAAUCUAUACUUUAUAUGAAUAUAAUCAUUGCCUCAUUCUGAGAGGCAUCUCUAACCAAAGAUUCACAUUUAUAUGUUUGAAUAUAGAUAUAUAAUUUUUAUUGCUUGCAGUUCAACUAUUUACAUUAAAGGGCUUUAAAGACAAAGAUCAAAUGGAAAAAAUGCCGUUGACAAGGUAACAGCUUGUGUCAGAAUGGCGAACCUUGAAGUGAAAACAAUGAAGUGAGUAAAGGGAUGGUGAUAAGUACAUCAUUACCUGUCUGGGUUGCGUCACGGCAUAGAACUGAUUAUGCAUUAGCCCAUUCCAAAAGCUCUGAUAGCCUGUUUCUUUCGUGUAUAUGGCAGAUGUACUGUAUUUGUUUCAGAGUGUAUUUAUUUGAUUUAGUUUAUAUUGAGUCACAGCUACUCAAUUCUUUAGAUGUAUAUAAUGUAAAUUUUUAUAAAUUAUGUACACUGUUUGGUACCUGUUUCAUCAUGAUCCUCGUGCACAUCCGUUAUGUUGUCCCGUUUAGACAUGACUAGGUUAUACAUGUAAAUAAAAAGGUGUGAAAAAAAUAUAAAUUUAUGUGCUGAAA